UGAUGACGCGAUUUACGUCACAGAUGAAAACCAAAACACUGGCUGCUGCUGUUAGCCACCUAGCUAAAACACGAUUAUAGCUAAUUUUUAUAUAACAGCAGCUACGAAGGAUCCGUCGUCAAACAGCACCGACACAGUUCCUGUCGUGCCUGUUGGAUCCGAGCGUCAGGAUAGGGAAGCAAAGUGAAGGGGCAGCUGCCGCCGGCGCAGCGAGCCUGGUGGACAGGAUGUCAGAAAGUCCAGAGAAGAGCGCCUCGGUGUCGGCUCAGGAGCUGAAGGAGCAGGGCAACCGCCUCUUUCUGAACCGCAAGUACCUGGAGGCCGCUGCCUGCUACAGCAAAGCUAUAAGCCACAGUCCCGCGGUCCCGGCGUACUACACCAACAGAGCGCUGUGCUACGUGAAGCUGCAGCAGUACGACAAAGCCCUGGCAGACUGCAGACUCGCUCUGGAGCUGGACAGCCAGUCGGUGAAAGCUCACUUCUUCAUGGGCCAGUGUCACCUGGAGAUGGAGAGUUAUGACGAAGCCAUCGGCAACCUGCAGAAAGCUUAUAACCUGGCAAAGGAGCAGCGGCUGAACUUUGGCGACGACAUUCCCAGCGCUCUGCGGAUAGCGAAGAAGAAACGGUGGAACAACAUGGAAGAGAGGAGGAUCAACCAGGAGAGCGAGCUGCACGCCUACCUCACCAAACUCAUCCACGCUGAGAAAAAGAGGGAGCUGGAGGGCUGCCGGCAGAAGCAAGAAGACAAGUCAGACGACGGCAGAAUUCAACACAAUCUGAAUGAGAUCCACACAAAACAUGACAAGUAUCUUUCAGACAUGGAGGAGCUGUUCUGUCAAGUAGACGAGAAGCGGAAGAAGCGAGAGAUCCCAGACUUCUUGUGUGGAAAGAUCAGCUUCGAGUUGAUGCGAGAGCCGUGCAUCACUCCCAGUGGAGUCACGUACGACAGAAAAGACAUCGAGGAGCACCUACAGAGAGUCGGCCAUUUUGACCCCGUAACGCGCACUCCUCUGACCCAAGAUCAGCUCAUCCCAAACCUGGCCAUGAAAGAAGUCAUUGAUGCUUUCAUUUUGGAGAACGGAUGGGUGGAGGACUACUGACCAGGAAGGGAAGUCCCAGUUCACGGAUGGAGAAAAGAUCAGUGUGUUAAGAGCGGCUGCUGCUCUGCCAAGAGUUUAACUUCAGUUCAGACACGUCGCAUGCAACAUCAACAUCAACCACAGCAACUUUAUUCCUGUAGGGAAAGUUACAGGAGGAAGAAAGGGAAUCUAUAAAUGCGUUUAGGAGAGAUGAAUGUACUUUUAACCCGCACAAUCCAAGUUAUAAAAUCAAGAGAAAAGCCAAAGAAAACGAAUCAGAAGCUUUUUAAAGACGAUGUCAGUAGAGGGCGCUGAGUGUUAAACCUGCAGCAUGAACCAGCUGUGGAAGAAGAAGUACUCACACCCCCUCCUCAGUAAAAGCAGCAAACUGCAAUAUAAAAAUACCGUGUUGCAAGUAAAGGUCCUGCAUUUACAGUUUUAUUUAAAGGUAGAAUUAUACAAAUAUACUUACUAUCAAAAGUAAAUACUUAUUUUGUGCAGGAUGGCCCCAUAGAGAGUUAUUUUUUAUUUUAUUUUAUGCUUCAGCCAAAUUGAACGUUUUUCUAACUUGUUGGGUUUUUUUAAUUUAUUGAAGUGUUCACAUGCUUUGUUUGUAAAAUCCUAAUUUAAGGAAUCGCUGUCAGAUAAAUGUGGAGAAGUUAU